AUGCGCACGCUUUGCGGCAGCUGCGCUCGCGCUUGGGCGAGGCUGAAGCGGGAGCCUGAAGACGGAGCUUCGGUCGUCGAGCUGGAGAGCGCCAUUGACUUGCUCCAGUCGCGGCAACGGGACAGGUGGAACAAGCUCUACGGGCGUCUCCUCGACAUCCGCGACAAGUACGUCGACAAUCAGCCAAAGACGAUCUCCUGGGGAGGCGACGGCGCGUUCUUUGACCUCGGGUUGGCUGCGAUGGAGUUCACGGCACCGAGCGCUGCACGGCACUCCCUGUGGCCUAUCUCUCUUCCACCACCUUCACCUCGCCUCGUCUACAAGGAUGUUGACUGGAGCAAGUACGCCUUGCCGGACCGCCCGACAUUGAAGUCUGAUGCGGAGAGAUGGCGAGCUCAGGCUGCUCAGUCGGAACAUGACGCCGAAUGCGACAGAGUCAUGACAGUGGGACGCCGACGGGAUGACGAGGCGGCGCCUCUUCUCGCCGCACCCGCCAACGGAGCGCGCUCGUCCGGCUUCCUCUCCUCCUUCUCUGGUCUACUCCGCCAUCGCUCCCCUCAAGCCGUGUAG